AUGGGUUCACUUAAAGCUUUGAAUUUGGCACUAAUCGGAAAAUGGUGGUCGCGGUUGCGCAAUGAGGGUACAAGUCUAUGGAGGGAGUCUAUUAUGGGUAUCCAUAAUCUCAAGAAUAAAGCUGCUGACUGUAUCUCAAAAAAGUCCAUUCCGGGUGUUUGGAACAAUAUAGCAGGUGUAAAAAGCGAGUUCUUAAAAGUUGGAAUCAAUUUUGAUGAAGUAAUAAAAAAACAGGUGGGUAAUGGUGACUGCACGUUGUUUUGUUCUCAAGCAUGUGAAUUUGCUGAAUUGGCUCUCAAAGUGGAAUCAUUCCUACCAAACUCCCAACCAGACAGGUGGGUAUGUAGCAUCUCGGGGGAUGGGGUUUACCAUGUCAAUGUGGUAAGGGAACUGAUAGAUACGGUGGGCUCGAGUAAUGAAGGAGGGAAUAUCGAUUGGAUUCCAGAGGUCCCAACUAAGGUACGGUGUUUCAUUUGGAGGGCGGUCUUAAAUGGUAUCCCAACUGCGUGUGCUCUCCAAAAGAGAGGAAUCAACUUCAACUCAGUUAUGUGCAGCUAUUGUGAUCUGGAAAGAGAAGAUACUGAUCAUGCUUUGAUCAAGUGCCCGAUGGCAGCAAAGGUGUGGGAGGAGAUGUUAAGGUGGUUUGGCAUUCCUCAUCCUUAA